AUGAUUCCAGAAUUCCCACUUCCUACUGUCGACGCCGACUUCUAUAAGUCACAAAUGUACCAGUUGCCCCCGAUCUUUGGGAGCACUGUGCAUACGCCACGACUCUCCGAGCCCACACUUUUUUCUUUGAAUUUAUCAGAGACAGGUAAGCAUUACUGUAUCGUUUAACUUUUUCUCAUACUUUUUUGUUUCAGUGAGCAAAUCUUUCCGCUCUAAUUGUCUGGAAAAUGCUGUAAAGCGAGCGGCAAUCCGUCAACGAAACUUGGCAAAGAAUGUUCGUUCUCAGUUUGUGGCGAGACCCAAUUCGGUAGUAGGCUCACUGACCGCUGCCGUUGGACGUUCUCUGGCUAUCACACAGUAA